UACAUGCACUGCCCCCACCUACAAUUAGUGCCGGCCCGAGACUCGAACCCACAUCCUUUCGAUUGCCAGUCCAACUCUCUAACCAUUAGUCCAUGACUUCCCUAUUUAAAUGGAAUUAGUGAUAUUCUAAUUAUAUGACCAGCACCUGUAUAUUCUAUUGGCAAAAGAAUGGGACUCCAUGUCUUUAUGCUAUUUUUGGAUAAUUUCCCAGAUGAGCACUUUAUUACAUGCAGAACAUAACAUGUUCAUUGACUUUUAUUGCCAUGGAGCAUAUAAUUUAGUUUUGUCUCAGAAAGUAUGAUUGCAUACCUCUACAUUUCUCUUCUGCACCAGCAAAACCACUAAAUUGAACAUGACUGAAUCUAUCUCCAUUUAUGGAAGUACAUUUCCAAAUAGCACAGUCUAUAGAUUCUCAAGUUUCUUUGGGAGUCAAUUUCUCUGAGGGCGGAGGCAGGGUGGGAAUACCUUUAGUAUAAAAACACCAGGUACCUUGUUCUCCAUAUCACUUACUUAAACAAAAGGUAAGUAAAUUUCCCUCACCAUUUUUAUGAUUAUUUUCACAUAUCCUUCCAGUUACGUACUGUAUUUCUGCUUUAGUGAAUUUUAGAAGAACUCAUUGCACAAAUUGUGUAAACCUACUAAGGAUGGCUGAUAGCAAAAUGGCUGUGUCCCAGUGGAGCCCCACAUUUGUAAAAGAGCUCCUUCCUGCUGCUGAAAAGACAGCUCUUCUUUACCAUCUCUCUUACCUGUGCCUGGCCAACUUCCCCAACCUGGAGAGGAUCAUCAGGAGUCGGGCUGUGGAAACCCAGCUUCUGUUCGGCUCCUCUGAUGCAACUAUGCUGAAAUGUAUUUUGACAAGUGAAAACCUGGUUCAGUCACUGUUUCCAAUGUUGACGAAAGCUGUGGAGAAAAAUAAGCCAGUUUUGGCAGUCAAAUUUCUAGGGAAAGCACGAGUCUGGAUCAAAGAAAUUAUCACUGAAGUGGACAGGAUAGUGGAAAAGUAUGCUUUACACAACAAAGAUGUUGCAUCAUCCACCAGUGAUGUUAUCAAGGAAAAAAUAGAUACUGAUAAAAAGAUUACAGAACAAGACCAUGAAAUGAAGCAGACUGAAAAUACUCUGAAUGAUCUCAAAUCAAAACUCCAAAAAAACACUGAAGAGCUUGCUGAAGUUGAGAGAAAGAUAAACUGUAAAAGCCAAGAGAUUCAAGAAUUUGCCAGAUCCAUAACCCAAAAAAGUAAAGGCCUCGGCAUCUUUGCUGCAAUUGUUCCAUUUAUCGGACCAAUUGUGAAAAGCAUUUAUGAUGCUGUACAUGAUCCUGAAGAUAUUGCCCGUAUGAAGGCUCUUGAAGCGGAAUUGAAUAACCUCAUCGCUGAUAAGACUGCUCUGAAACAAAAGCAGUGGCAGCUCGAACUCCAGGUCAUUGAUUGGCAGAUGAAGUUUGCCAAAGCCAAUUUUGACCGGAAUUCCAUUCCCGACCCCAUCCAUCUAAAUGAGGUUCAGAGCAGCUUGUCAAAAAUUCAGGCAAUUCUGAUUCAGCUGAAAAACUUCUGGGAGAAUGUUGCUCAAAUGCUGGACUACCUGGAACAAAAGACCUUUAUUGGAGAAGAUCUUAUUGAAGACCUUGCCGAACUGAAAGAUGAAUUUGUAGAAUCAAUCAAAACAGCCGAAAAGGCUUGGAGCAGUUUUGGUGAAGGAUGUAAAAAUGCAUCUUUCAUCUUCAAGCUCCAAACCAAAGAUGCCUACAAGUUUCUGGAGGUCAGUCCUUCCUCGCUCUCCAAGGAGCAGUGGCAAAUAGAAUAUGAAUGUGUAAAGGAAAAACUGACAAAAAUAGACCCAGCACAAAGUGUGACACCCUCUAAUACACCUGCCAUUUCUGAGUGAUCUACAUAUACAACAUCCCAUUUGUUUUCUGUCUCAUGAUGGUGGUAACCUGGAAUUAUAAUGUUUAGCUUUUUAAAUGCUGUACUUCUAAACUCUAGUUUCUUCUACUCAAUGCCUAAAACAAUCUUUAUAAAUCCUCUGCUUUAUAUGUAUCAUCCUUUUUUCUGUUCUUGCAAAAAAGACAUUUUUUGAAUGCAUACAUAUUUGGUUGAAUGCUUCUCUGAAUAAAGUUUGACAUAAUGACAAUAA